AUGUCGAAUAAAUCAAAAGGAGCAGGAGGAGCAGGAGUAGGAUUCAUCGACUCACAACCUUUAAAUACAAAUGCAUCAAUCUUUUAUCAUCCGCUAAACAAUAAAUAUGUAAUAACAUCAUCAAAUGGUAGCAAUGAAAUAAACAUUCAUGACUCUAGUACAAAGUCAAUGAUCAUGAAAUUAGCAAAUCAUCCAACCACAUCAUCACCAUUGACUCAUAUCGCAUUGUCGCCCAAUGGCAACGCUUUGGUUAGUUCAUCGAGUGAUGAUGACAAUGGAUCGAUAAAGAUGUGCAAGAUUGAAGAGUAUCUAAAGAAUUUUAAUUCAUCCUCGACGACAGCCAUUCAAAGCAAUGCACAAUCAUUAUUAUCAUUUUCAAAUGCACCAACCUAUAUGGCAUUUACAGCCACUGGAUCGUAUUUGGCAGUUUGUUCAAAAGACAUUAUCAAGAUUAUUAGUAUGAUUGAUCCAUCACUCAUCAUUACUCUUCGUGCUCACCCCGAUGCCAUGGUUCGUACAAUUGCAUACAGUCCCGAUGGAAACUAUCUUGCUUCUUGUGCAACCGAUGGAACUAUCAAGAUUUGGUCAACAUCUACAUUCAAUGAUGAUAAAAUUGAACCAAUCUUUGUAAAACAAUUGUUUUCUCCUUCACCUUUUUUGAGUAAAACAAAUAUUAAAAUGGAUUGGCAUCCAAAUAGUAAGAUUAUAUCAAUUCCAGUUGGUAAUGGAGUGAUUUGUUUACAAAAACAAGAGGAUGGAGAUAAUGAUCAAGAUGAAUUGUGGAAAGAAAUCUUUACCUUUGAAAAUGAUGGUCAUACCAAAACCAUUCUUUCUGUUCAAUGGUCACCAAAUGGUGAGUAUUUGGCCAGUUGUUCAUUGGAUAAACAUUUAUUGAUUUGGUCAAAAGCCAAUCCAAAUGAUGGUCCCAUUGGUCAAUUAAUUAAAAAUGAUCAUAUCAUUUAUGAUCUUGCUUGGAAACCACUUUCAAAUACAAUUUCUUUUAUAGAUUCAAAAGGUAGAAUUGGUACAUUUAUAAAUGUAAUACCAAAAAAUAUGAUACAUCCAUCAAAAGGUGCUACUUUAUCAAGUCAUCAAGCUUUAUCUCAAUUAUUACAAGAUGAUGAAAUGGAUCAAGAAGAAGAAGAGGAAGAAGAAGUAGAGGAACAAGAAGAAACACAAGAAAAAGAAAAAAAAGUAGUUGGAGGAAGAUUAAAAAAGAUAAAAUCUUCAUCAUCUUCAACAACAACAAAACAAAACAAAAAUGAUGAUAGUUUUGAUUUCCUAGAUGAUGAUAAAAAGAAAAAAAAACCUUCUUCUUCUUCUUCAUCUUAUAUGGAUGAUGAAGCUAUGGAUGAUGAAGAUAUGGAUGAUGAUUUUGGUGAUUUUGUAGAUGAUGACGAUGAAGAUUUGGACCGUGAUACCAAUUUUGAUGAAAAUGGAAUGGAAUAUAGUGCUAAAAAGAAAAAGUCAAUCCAACCUCAAAAAUCAUAUUCAAAACCUACAACCAAAUCAAACGCUUCAUCAGCUCCAAUAGAUUAUGAAAUACUUCUAAAGACAGUUGCCAAACAAAACAAAUUGGCAUCUUUUCAACCAGGAUCAACAUUGUUUUUAAACAACAAAAAGAGAUAUUUUAUGGCAUACAAUAUGAUUGGUUGUAUUGUAAAACGUGAAGAGGAGGAUGAAAAGCUACCAGGUUCAAUUGAAAUUGAAUUCAAUGAAGCUAGUGUACACCGAAAGGUUACCAUUACCGAUAAUAACAUGUUGGAUAUGGGAGCUCUUGGUGAAAAGGGUGCCAUAUUUGCAUCAUCUCGCAAGAACCUCUUACAUUUUAAUGCAUUUGAUAGCUUGGGUGCCAGUAGUAGCUGGACCUAUACCAUUGCUGCCAACGAUCCAAUCGUAGGUGUUGCCAUUGGCAGUAAAUACAUUGCAGCUUGUUCACACCACAGAACGGUUCGUAUUUUUACACUUGGUGGUGUUCAAUUCACACAGCUUAGCAUUGGAGGUGAUUUUGUUACCAUGUCAAUCUCUUGCAAGGACGUUCUUGCAUUGGUCUAUGGUACGGCUGACCAAAUGACACUUGUCUGUCAAGACCUAAACACUGGUAACAUUAUCUACCAAGGACCAAUCUGCAUCUCUACCAAUGCAACAUUAAAGUGGAUUGGUUUCUCCAACAAUAGUGACACGACCCUCACCACUGUCGACUCCAACUCUGUCGUUCGAACACUUACUCGUGGGUGGCCAACCAAACAGGCACCACUUCAAUGGUCACCGCUCAUGGACUUUAAACAAAUGGCAACCAAACUAUCAUCAACAACUUGUUGGGUUGUAGGUCUCAAUGAUUCUCAUAUCCAUUGUAUCGUUUGUACUGAUUUCCCUCAAACCUUACCACGUCCAAUCCUUACUCCCAUUCAAAUUAAUUUACCACUUUUAUUAAAUGAUCAAAUUAUUAAUCAAAAUCUUCAAGAAAAAUAUUUAAAACAAAAGAUUGGAUUUAAUAAAUUAUCUUUUGAAGGUAAUUUAACAACUAAAGAUCAAGCAGAUUUUGAUGCAGUUUUAAUUAGAAUGAUUAAUGAUUCCCUUGAUCAUAAUAGAGCUCAAAUAUGUUAUGAUUUAUUCCAACAACUUCAACUAAAGAAAUCACAAGAAAUUGUAAUUACCAUUGCCAAUCAAAAGAAAUUAAGUUUUGUUACUAAAAAGCUUUACGAGUUGAUUGAAUCUAUUCAAUUACAAUCAAUCCCAAACAAGACUAUUGAAAAACCAACAGUUGUUCAACCUGUAGUUACAGAGGCCACCCCAGCAACUACAACAACAACAAAAAAAUCAUCAAAUACUUUAAUAGUUGAUGAUGACGAUGCUGAUAUUACAACCAAUGAAGAUAGUGAUGAUGAUAGUAAAAAAAAGAAAUCAACAAAUGUAAAGAGUAAUACUCCACCAAAAAAAUUAAUACCAUCAAAACCUGAUAUUAAACAAGAUACUGUUGUUACCAAACCAACAACAACUACUGUUAAAAAACCAUUACCAUUUGCCAAACUAGACACAUCAUUCACCAGUGGUUACAAGUACGUCUGA